ACGCGAGUGAGCCACCACCAGAGACUGUAUAUUAUCAGUUUGUCUCAUCACUUCUAGUGUUGUUGACUCCAGUCUCGUGGUGAAAAAUGAAAAAAAUAACUUCAUUGUUUAUGAUUUAGACUUAUUGAUGUGAUAUUCAGGUUGGGGGGAUUGCGUGAGGGAUCUGUGAUGCUUGUGAUAGGUGAAUUCUAGGGGUUUUUAUUUGGAAAAUACGAGGGGAAAUGGCGGGUGGAUGCAGCAGGACAUUCAGCUGAGUGUUUUUGUUCUGUUGUGUUGUUCUGGUGGAGUUUUGUGGAUCUUGGCGAUGGCGAGGGCCGAGGGAUGAAGGAGAGGCCGAGGAAAACGUGAUUUUAUCGAGAGGCAGAGGCAUUGUUUGUUGGGGUUAGUCGAGUUUUGGUAUUCGUGACAUGUCUCUGGGUCAAGAGGUGAAGUUUUAGGGACUCGUGCAUGGGAUGUGGUGAAGUGAGGGGAGAGGGUUUGAUAUUGGCUGAGGGAUUUGGAGGCUUGUGACCACUGCUGGGGAUCAUGGAGGCCCUCAGGCUGGCGAUUCAGACUAGACUCGGUGAGAGGAUGGUCAGUAUGACCUCGAUGCUCGUAGAAACCGUUAGUAUCAAUUACGAGGACUUCAACGAGAGCUUUUUGACCUGCGGCACUUGUCUAUGUGUCUACGAUGGCAGUGAACAUACACCAAAACUUUUGCCAUGUUCCCACACGGUGUGUUUGCACUGCUUAACGAGGAUCGCAGCCUCCCAGACACGUGAGGCUGGCCACUUUCGGUGUCCUAUAUGCCGUGAGCUCAUAACAAUACCACGCGGUGGUGUACCAGCUCUGCCACCAUCAUUUCUCGUCAAUCAAUUAUUGGACCUAAUGUCACGACAACGACGCGAAGUCAUACCAAAGUGUUCAGUACAUGUCAAUCAGGAGUUGUUGUUCUGUGAGACUUGUGAUACUGUAUUCUGUACAGUAUGCACUGGGGGCAGUCAUGCUGGCACAUCACCCGGAUGCACUGAGCAUACAAUUAUUCCCUUCAGCAUCGCCAUUAAAAGAAUGUCUGAGAUAUUACUUUAUAAGGCGAAUGAAUGUAUUUCAAAGUUGACACAGGCUCAAGAAUCUGUCAGCACGGAGCUCGAACGUCUAGACGCCGCAAUGGAGCGAUGUUUGAACGUGGUAGACGCUGAAUUUGGUGAAAUAAUAAAGAAAAUAGAGAAGAAACGUGAGGAGCUGCAGGCAGGUGUGACAGCAGCUGCGAGAGAUAAAAAACGCGUGCUGGAGGAGCAGCACGCGCUCAUCGAGGCAGAGAAGAAUAAGGUAGAGCGUGAAUGUGAGGGACUGCAAUAUCAAGUCGAGGUGAGGAACAUAACGCAGAGGAUUGGCAGUCUGACUGAUCAGUUGGAUGCAGCUGUGGCGCUCAGUGAACCGAGAGAAAAUGCUUUUAUUACUGCUGAGUUUAAUCAUAAUGAUGCCAUUGUGGAAUUGGAGAAAGCACUUGGCGCUCUUGGCCGUGUACGAUCUAGUACAACAUUACCAGGCUUGUGCAGGGCUAGUCUCAAGGAAACGGCCAUAGCAAAAUUACAAGCAACUGUGAUACUUGAGACUGUAGACUAUCACGGACACCCUAGAAAUGCCGGGGGUGAUCCCAUCGGCGUCGAAUUGACGUACGCCGAUGGGCAAUUGUUCAACAGUGAGUCCAUCGAAUCUCAGGUUCAGGAUCUUGAUAACGGAACUUAUGAGAUCAAUUUUCGACCGCCUCUUCCGACGAGAUACUGCUUGAAACUGUCAGUCUUUGAGAGGCCUAUCAAGGAUUAUCCAGUCUUUUUUAAUGCCACUGAGCACAAUGAACCUAUCAAGGUUUAUGGAAAAAUGGGUCAUGGGAAGGAUGAGUUCUAUCAGAUGGUCGCACUCGCCGUGGACGAUGAUGAUGUUAUUUAUGUUCUCGAUUCUGGAAAUUCACGAAUCAAGAUUCUUGAUAGCAAUUUAGAGUUUCAACGACACAUAAUUAACGAAGGCUUAGCCCGACAGGGUGCCACAGGAAUUGCCAUAUCCGAACAGGGACUAGUCGUAACGAAUUGGCGUACCCGUACAAUUACGGAAAUGAGUACACGCGGAGACACAAUUCGUUCAUUUACGCACAAUGCAUUUCUGACACCAUUCGACGUGGCUGUAGACCGGAGCUACGGCCACGUAUUAGUUGCUGAUAGUGGAUCUGAGAGUGGACCAAAUAGGAAAUAUUCCGUAUACGUGUUUGAUUCAGAUGGCAAGUUCCUGUUUCAAGUGGGAAAACCAAGUAUGUUCAGUGAAAUUAGCUCAGUAACCUUUGGUCUUGGUGGCGAAAUUCUGGUUGCUGAUUUACGGAUACAAGUGUUUUCUGCAAAAGGUGAUUUCUCCGAGGAAAUUCAAGCGGGAGAGAAAGGUAAAGGAAAGUAUGGUGGAAUAGUGAUAGACCCAGAUGGGAAAAUUCUUGCGUCGUACAGUGGUAAACGAAGCAGCACAAUCCAAGUUAUUGAAUUUGGAAGUGGUAGAAUAUUGACUGAAAUCGAUUCCAACAGCUCAAAACUACGAAGACCAGCUGGUAUAUCUGUUCUCAAAGACAACCACCUCGUUGUAAUUGAUCGGGGAAAUGCGUGUGUUAAGAAGUACAGAUACUGGUAAACUGCCAUUUUUUAAAAGCAAUACAAACUUACAAAGUUGUUCCUCAUUUGAUGAUAUUAUUCUGUCAUUCUUUUUUCAUCACAUGCCAUGUGAAUUCUUAAACUACACCGUCCUAUUAAUGAUUAAUCGUUGCAGAGUCUCAGUUUAUUUUUCAUGGAUAAACAGAAAAUGCUUGUACAUAUAUUAUUUUUUACAGUAUUAAGAUCACAGCUGGAAUGAAGAAAUUAUGAGAAAAUUAGAAAAACUAAUGCCAGAAAUUACUUGAAAUUAGUUCUGUCUCCGUUUUUUUAUUAAGGAAACUAUAUUGAGGAAAAUCUCAAUAUUCUCUUCUAGAGUGAUUCGUUUUGCAAUAGAAAUGGAAAAUGUCAAUUGGAAGUAGAUGAAAAUGUAGACAGAAUUAAUUACGGUGUGAAGAACAAAAUUUAUAAAUUGUUUUGCAUAACUGUGCCAGAUUGUAAACUAUGUAUGAAAUUAUAACUAGUCUUAGCAUUUUUUUUUUGUUCAGUUACAAGAGCGAUUGAAUCCAAAAAUUUUUUUUGCGUGAAAAAAAAAUCAUUUACAUACAUUUGUAUUUGUUUAAUGGAUAUUCUCACUUUUUGAGUUUUAUCUGAUGACAUGUCUUUUGACAUAUUCCCCUCCUGGCAUCACAUGUUACCGACAUCAGUACACAAUCAGCACCCCACCGGAUGUUGAAAAUUUUUGCAAAAUGUUCUUCAAGCGAAAUCCAAAAAUAGUUGUCAAACAUUUUUUAUGUUUUGAUCUUGAUUUUGAUUUGUGCUGGAAUAAUUAAAUUUUAUGGGAUCCCUCAUAUUUUCGCAUCGAGUUUAUUUUUAUUUCGUCGACACGUGUAGUUAGAAGAAUUAUUAUUCUCUACUCGGCAGAGUACUACUUAAACAAUCAUGACUCCAGUCAUUUUUUAUGUAAUUUUCAUUUUUUUAAUUAAACCUUAACAUUAGGAUUUUUUGUAAUUUGUUAGACUCGUAAAUCCUAGGAAUACUUUUGACAUUGAGAGAUGAAUGUGAACAUGAUUUUAAAUAUUGCAGAAUUUGUUGUGGAGUUAUUGACAUUCCCGUUUAUAGUGUGCAAUGCAAAUGAAGUAGACUGCAAUGCACUAAUCAGUGUUUCAAAGAAAUGUAAACGAAAAAAAAAAAUGAUGAACCCAAUUCGAAGUAUAAAAUUCACUGACUGAUAGGAGAAUUAAAAUUAAUCUUUACUUGUUG